AUGGCGGAUGCAUUUCUUGGUGCCACUAUACAGUUUCUAGAGGGGAAAGCAAUAACCUUGGCUUCCCAGCAGAUUAGCCUUUCUUUAGCCUUUAAGAGAGAUUUGCCGAAGCUGAAGAAAACACCCAAGAUCCAAGCUGUUUUUCAUGAUGCAGAGCAAAAGAAAGUCACCCUCGAGUACGCGAGGCUUUGGCUGAAGGAACUUGAAGACGUGGCUUUUGAUGCUAAUAAUUUGUUGGAUGAUCUCAAUUAUGAAAUGAUUCUGCGCAAAGUUGAGAUUCAGAAACAGGUGAAGAGGAAGGUAUACUUCUCCUUGUCACUCUUCAAUCCCAUCACAUUUCGUUUCAAAAUGGCAAAUAGAAUUCGAACAGUCACUAUGGAAUUGAAAAGAAUUAAUGAAGAAGCAAAGGGCUUUGGCCUCCAGUCACAAAAUGGAGAAUUUAUGAAGAACAGAGAGACUAACUAUGUUACUAUUGAUUCAAGCUUUGUUGGAAGAGAUGAUGACCUCUCGAUGUUAGUGACAGGGUUGACUGCUGCGAGUAAAAAUGAAAUAGUCCUGGUUCUUCCUAUAGUUGGCAUGGGCGGGAUUGGUAAGAUCACCUUGGCUCGAAAAGCUUUUAAUGAUCUAAAGAUUGAAAAUCAAAUUUUGACAAGAGAAUAUGGGUACAUGGUAUCUACUGGUCUUGAUGAUGUGUGGAAUGAGCAAGCCACACCAUGGAAUGAUUUUCUUGGGUCUUUGAAAGGUAUCAGCUCAUCCAAGGGGAAUUCCAUUCUUCUGACCACCCGUCAGCAACAAGGGGCAGCCAUGACAAGAAUUUCUUCUCCAUGUUCUUUGAAAAAAUUGCCAGAUGAUGAAUGCUGGCUCAUUCUCAAAGAAAAUGCAUUUGGUGCUGGGGAAGUGCCGGAUGGACUGCAAGACAUAGGAUACGAGAUUGCAAAAAAAUGCCAUGGUGUACCAUCAGCUGCAAAUGUACUCGGCAGGAUAUUGCGCAACAAGGGAAGUGAUGAAAGGCUUUCAAUUUUGGAGACUGGCCUUCAAAAUUUAGGUGGAGAUGAGAAAUUGAGCGUUCAUCAUCUUCCAUCUCCAUUGCUGAAAAAGUGCUUUGCGUAUUGUUUAAUUUUUCCCAAAGACAUUGAAAUAAAUAGGAGUCAGCUACUUCCAACUUUGGGCAGCAGAAAGAUUUCUUCAUUCAAAUCCAAGAAACAAUAUGGAGAUGGAGGAAGUUGGAGAAAUGUUUUUUUCGAUUUUGUUGGAAACUAA